AUGGCGGAGCAGGGAUCUAUGGAUGCCGAGACGCUGCUGGUGGUGCUGAAGGGGCUGAAUGAUGCGAUCAGCGCAGGAGAGACGGCCACGGCGGUGACGCUGCUACAGCGGAUGAAGGAAGAAGUCAGUCCUACUGAAGAUCUUCUGCGAACUACCAAAGCGGGCUCCAUCAUGGCCAAGCACCGCAAGAACACCAACCCCGAAAUCGGACCGCUUGCGAACGAAGUCAUGAAGCUCUGGAAGGACGUGAUUGAGGGGCAGCGAAAGCGGAAGCGCGAGGCCGAGGAAGCGGCGGGCAAGGUCGCUGCGCCCAAGAAGGUCAAGACGGAAGCGGGUGGAGCAGCGGCGGCGGCCGGGGUCAAGGCAGAAUCGGGGACGGCUAGUCCCGCAGGCGGAGCGGUAUCGACGCCGCCGGAGCGGGAGGUCAAGCCGCUGGGGAAGACAAAGAAGGCAGAGUCCUCAGCGGUGAAGGAGGAAUCGAAGCCGGCUGUAAAGAAGGAAGAGGCCAAGACGCAAGUGGGGAACGUCAAUGAGGAGGCGAUUGCUUCCGGCUCGGGGUCAAGAGCGGGCUCGCCAAAGCCCAAAGCGGAGCCCAAGUUCGAGACGAUCGAUAAAGACCGGAAGGUGCCGAGGACGGCCAAGGCGGAUAUGAUGGCGGACAUCAAGGCGGAGGAUGGGGGAUCAAGGAGGGGCGGGGAAGAUCCAGUGAGAGAUAAGUGUGUGGUGAUGAUCUAUGAUGCGCUAGCGGGGGAUAGUACAGCCUCAAAAGACAUUCUGGCGGAACGGGCGGUCAGUCUGGAAAGGGCGGUAUAUGAGCAGUUCGAGUACAACACAAAUAACGACUACCGAGCCAAAAUCAGGUCAUUAUUCCUGAACCUGAAGGAUAAGGGAAAUCCAGGCCUACGGGAUAAAAUCGUGAUUGGAACGCUGCCCGCCGAGCAUGUGGUCAACAUGUCAAAAGAGGAAAUGGCAUCGGCGAGCGUCAAGGCGCUGAAUGAAGAGAUUGCAAAAGCCAACCUGUUCAAAGCCAAGGCUGUGACUGAAGUACAAGCCGAGACCAAUGCGUUCAAGUGCAGUAAAUGCCAACAGCGACGAUGUUCCUUCUACCAGAUGCAGACCAGGAGUGCAGAUGAGCCAAUGACCAAUUGCGGGCACAAGUGGAAGUUCUGCUGA